CAGGACAUUGCCUUCAUGCGCAUGGCUAUCGCCGAGGCCCGCAACUGCACCAGCGUCGAGUCCGCAUACAAUGUCGGCGCGGUGAUCACCGACGGAACCCAGGUCCUGAAGCACCGGCUACUCUCGCCACAAUGUGCGCUGAUGGCCCUGGCCGACAAAAACAUCAGCACUGCGAAUACCACCAUGUACACGACCAUGGAGCCGUGCUCAACGCGCCUGUCCAGCAACGUGCCGUGCGUCAAGCGUGUUUUGAACGCAAAGAUCGCGAGGCCGCCAAACUUUGUCCACUGCACUGGCAUCGAGGAGCUGCGCAACCACGGCGUCCAGGUCAUUGUUGUUUCUGAGCUGGAGGACGAGUGCAAGGCGCUGAACUGCCAUUUGGCCAAGUAAGACGGAGGUUUUUGGGGAUUAACAAAAAUACACUGGCUAUUAUACAG